UGUUAGUACAGUCAGCACUAGGAGAAGACCGUUGACGUUGUUACGCCUUGAUGAUUGGCGAGGUAAGAUGGCGGCGCCAGAGGAGCCAGAAUUAUCUCAGGCGCAGACCGAAAAACUCCUCCAAUUUCAGGACCUAACUGGUUUGGAGUCCAUGGACCAAUGUCGUCGUACAUUAGAACAGCACAAUUGGAACAUAGAGGCUGCAGUACAAGACAGACUUAAUGAGCAAGAAGGAGUGCCCAGUGUGUUUAACCCUCCACCAUCCAGACCAUUACAGGUCAAUACAGCAGACCAUAGAGUAUAUAGUUACAUCGUCUCAAGGCCGCAACCCAGGGGAUUACUAGGAUGGAGUUACUACUUGAUAAUGCUACCUUUCAGAUUUACAUACUACACACUUCUGGACAUAUUCAGGUUUGCCCUGCGAUUCAUCAGGCCAGAUCCUCGUGGUCGUGUCACGGACCCAGUUGGGGAUGUUGUGUCAUUUAUUCAUAAUUUUGAGGAGAAGUAUGGUCGAUCACACCCAGUAUUUUACCAGGGAACAUACAGCCAGGCACUGAAUGAUGCCAAACGAGAGCUCCGCUUCUUAUUAGUGUACCUUCAUGGGGAAGAUCACCAAGACACAGACGAGUUUUGCCGCUCCACGUUAUGUACAGAAGAGGUCGUAACCUUCCUCAACACACGGAUGCUCUUCUGGGCAUGCUCAACCAGCAAGCCUGAAGGCUACAGAGUGUCCCAAGCAUUGCGGGAGAACACCUACCCAUUCCUGGCCAUGAUCAUGCUGAAGGACCGCAAGAUGACAGUGGUGGGUCGACUCGAGGGUCUCAUCCAGCCAGAGGACCUCAUCAACCAACUCACCUUCAUCAUGGAUGCCAACCAAACGCAUCUGAUGUCAGAGCGCAUGGAACGGGAGGAGAGAAGCCAAACCCAAGUGCUAAGGCAGCAACAGGACGAAGCCUAUCUCGCCUCCCUCCGUGCUGACCAAGAGAAGGAGCGAAAGAAGAGGGAGGAGCAGGAGCAGAAGAGGCAAGAGGAGGAGAAGGUCCGACAGAGUGUUCUCGCUGAGGAGCGGAGACGACAGACCCUUGAAGAGGAGAAGGAGAGGAAGUCCGAAUGUCUUCCCCCAGAGCCACCUGCAGAUGAUCCAGAAAGUGUCAAAAUAGUGUUUAAGCUGCCCAAUGAUACACGAGUAGAGAGACGAUUCCUCUUUGGGCAGUCUCUGUCGGUAAUAUACGACUUCCUCUUCUCUCUAAAAGAAUCUCCAGAGAAGUUUCAGAUAGUAACAAACUUCCCUCGCCGAGUCCUGCCCUGCCUUCCGACUGAAGAUCAGCCCAACCCUCCCACACUGAAAGAGGCGGGGCUUAGCCGCUCCGAGGUCCUUUUUGUUCAGGAUCUUACGGACGAUUGAAAGAUGACAUACCUCCUCUACAUGGAAACACAUUUUCCUCCAAUGCCCGCCCACUCCUCUUUUUCUUUUCUCCUUCUGUUAAAUGGCCAUUAUGCACAAAGGAUCAUUUGAGAUAAAAUCCUAACCUGGAAAAAUUUAACCACCCUGCAUCCAGUCUUUGUUUGGUUGUGUUUACAGGGUUCCCAUUAACCUGGAAAGUCUUGAAUUUUAUCAAAUAAAUAUUUCUUGAAGUCCUCCUUGAACUCACCUUUGUUAUCCAUGUGGACAAAGAAGUGUGUUCUCCAUUAUUAGUACUGGCUACCAGUUUAAUCUCGUCUUUCCUUACCAGUAAGUGUUGCAGCAAAGGAUUAACCAUCUACUGAAAUGCACCGGACAGUAGCAAAGCUUGGUGCAAAACCAGAAAAACAUCCCAAAUAAGCUGAUGUCAGGUCAUCUGAGGUAGGCAGGUUGCAUUAAUACUGACUAAUACAAACAGGAUGGAGAGAAGUGUAGAGAAGUAUGGAUUUCUUUAGUGGUCAGAAUGCCUUGGUUACUUUUUGUCAGACUUGAUGUUCUAUCCAUAUGUCUUAAUUUAACACCAUUUUACCACAAAAGUUUAAAUAUGCCUCUCCCACGGUGACUGACGAGCACAGAACAUGUUGGAGUCAGGUUUGGUUCUGCUGUGACUGGUACUGACGGGUGUGACGAUCCAAUGCUCUCUCCUAGGGAGCAGGUUGCAUUGAUUUAUGGGAACCCUGUUUGAAAUGAGCCAUGACCUGUACAUAAGUUAGAUAUUUAAAACCCUUCAACCACCUUACUUUUUUUGUUUUGACUCAUCUGUCAUACAAUGACCAAAUGCAGGUUGGUUACUAUGUAAAGCAGACUGCCUCAUGAAGUUUAAAAAUCCAAUAUUUAACAGGCCACAGCUUUUACAUGUGGCUUUAUCUAGUAUAGUGCGAGUCUGCCCAUAGUGUGCCUGUGGUUACUCAUAGAUGCCUGUUUUGCCUGUAACAUCUAAAUGGGCUCAUGUAAAGAUGUAAUUUUCCAACUAUAUAAAUUAAAAACAUUUUAAAAAUG